AAUCAGGUGCUACUUGAAGAAAGGUUUUGCCAGAGCUUAGAGUUUAGGAGAGCUUUAGACGCACACUGAGAGAUAGAAACAGAGGAGAAAAACAGAGAGAGAGAGAGAGAGAGAGGCAUGGAGGGAUCAGGGGUUUUCGGGUCACGGAGCCAUGAAGAUGUAUUCUCGUCGGGUUUCCAUGAAGAUGUACUCGGAUGGAACCCGUUCAGCGUCGGCAACAAUAGGCCGAGGAAAGCUGCGGCGAUAGAGAAGACAUUGCCCUGCACUCUGGAGGACUUGUACAAUGGCACCACCAAAAAGAUGAAGAUUUCGAGGAAUGUUGUUGGUGCUAGUGGAAGAAAAAGCACAGUGGAGGAAGUUCUACCCAUUGAGAUCAAGCCUGGUUGGAAAAAGGGCACCAAAAUCACUUUCCCAGAGAAAGGUCAUGAUGUGGAGCGAGGUGUUAUACCAGCUGACAUCAUAUUUACCAUUGAAGAGAAGCCUCAUGAUUUUUUCAAGAGGCAUGGGGACGAUCUCACUGUCACUCUGAACAUAUCCCUUGCGGAAGCUCUGACGGGUCACACGGCGCAGCUGGCAACCCUUGACGGGAGAAAUCUGAGGAUCUCCAUCGAUUCCAUCAUCAGUCACACCCAUGAAGAAGUGGUUAAAGGGGAAGGCAUGCCUAUUCAGAAGGGACGAGGCAAAAAGGGAAACUUGAUUCUCAAGUUUAACAUCAAGAUCCCCAAGCUUACCUCAGUGCAGAAAGCUGGCAUCAGACAGCUGUUAACAUCUUCAUAAACGCUUGGUGGUAGCUCUCCCUUUUCUGUCUGCUUUUCAUUUUCUCAGUCAUUUUCUCUGCAGCCAAACACUAGCUUCUAGGUUUCCCUUCAUCAUGUACCAAGCUAGUGUUUGGCUGUAUUGUGUUGUGUUGUUGUGUUACUUGUCUACUAGUAGUAGAUUGCUCUCCACCAAUUAAAUUGUGAUGAAUGGGAGCAACUAUUAUUGUAAAAUAUCCUAUUUAUGUAUGUUUUGUUUCGAUUAAUCUAUUUAGAAGUAGUUUCUGUUACA